UCAGACUCUGGAAAUGUUCAGCAUCCAGCAUCAGUCCAGCAUCUUACAUGUGACUCAGCAGUAAGGCCAUACCGGAGUAAAUUCUAUAUCUUACAACACCGCCAAAAGUUUUCAAAGUUUUCGAAAAUGUGUAAAACAAUAAUUUUGACUGUCAACAUUAAACCGAUAAAUGUUGAUGUCAUUAGUAAAAUUAACAUAAAGUGAACCUUUCGGAAAAAAACAAAACAUAAGCCAUAAAAAAUGCGAUUUAGGGGCUUGUCAUUGUCAUAUAAAUCGGGAAAUCCGUAGUAACCAAAAUUUUCCAUAAUUUAUAUUAAAAACGAGACUUCAAAUAAGUGCAACGAUGGCAUAAAUCUAGAAAUAUGUCUUAUAUUUACAAGUGUAUAAAUAAAAAAAAUGCAGUGACGCAAAAUACGUGAAGAUUUAAUAUUCGAAUUGCAGAAUUGUAACUUUUAGUGGAGGAGAGUGCAGUAAAAAGUGUAUGAAAGUACAUACAUAUAUGAAUAUGCAAUGAUAUCAGUUAUCAAGGUACUACACAAACAUUUGGAUUAUAACACACAAGACUCAAGGAUGGUUACCUUACCGUCAGUAUUUAUGAUGCGUUUAUGAUCAUGUGAUUGCUGCGCGUUAGGCUUUACAGUACAGCUUUUAUUUCUAGAUUUUUAUAUCUAAGAAAAGUGACAACAAAACAAUACGCAAAUCCUCUUCACCGGCGACGGUUCCUUUACCUGCAUUAAUCAUAUCUGCAAAAAGAGUCAAAGACGUUAAAAUGGAACUACGACCUAAAUGGAGUGUGCCCCGACCUUACUUUCGUACCACAAACACGGGAGUUUUACUUCUUUUCUGGGUUCUAGUAUGGACUCAUUCUCUGGAGAAUGUUUUUUGCGGCGAAAAAUUAGCAUUGCUUUCGGCUACGCUUCGCACAUAUCAGAAAGUGGCUUGUGACUCGGAAGAAGUUGUUAUUGCCUGUCCCCGUGGCACUAGUAUUUCCAUCGAGUUUGCUCAGUACAACAAGUUUGUGCAGAAAGAUGGCUACAGUAUCGACGAUCUGUGUCCGAUGCCUGGGGAACUGGGCUCAGACAUUCGUGGCAAAGCAAAGCACCUACUUCGAGGAUCCAUUUUUGGUUUAUCCCAGCAAAAAGAGCCUUCUAAACGCGUUGCGAAUGGUGGAUACGGUCAUAUCAUAACAUCUAGUAGCGAAUCUAUCAUUACCAAGCCAAGUUCACCAGACGAUGAGACUGGUACAAUCGCCAGUUUUGGAGAUAUUCAAAGUAGUUACGGGAACAACGAAAACCCGCCAAAAAGUUGCAUGUGGCCAAAUGCUUUACAGUACUCGUUGCUGCAAACAGUAGUCGAGGCGUGCCAGAAGAAAAAACACUGUAAGUUCCAGGGGUCUUCGCAGUAUUACGGCUUAGGCGCAAGCGGAGUAGGUGACUCAUCCGGAACCAGUAGUUAUCACAGCAGUACAAUCAGCACUAAUUCAUUAAAUAGCGAUCCCUGUCCCAAGGUCAGGAAAAUCGUGGAAAUAGCCUACAAAUGUCGUCCGUAUGAGUUUCGAAGCAAGGUGGCAUGUCACAAUGAUGUCGCCCAGCUGGAGUGUAACCCAUAUUCGCGAAUAGCCAUUUAUAGUGCAAGUUUCGGUAGAACCGAGUACGAAAGCAUCCAGUGUCCUCAACCUCAGGGAGUUCGGGAAGAAACCUGCCUCGCCUCAUACUCAACGGAGACAGUAAUGCAAAUUUGCCACGGGCGUCGGCGGUGCAACUUAGCAGCUGAUGCAAACACAUUCGGCACUCCCUGUCAGAAGAACUCUCGGAUGUACUUGAAAGUGGUUUACACCUGCGUGCCCAUGCAAGUACUUAAGGAGCAUGACGCAUCAGAAACGGAGGCAGACGAAUCCGAGGACUUUGAGGGUGAUGUCAACGAUCUUUACGACGAUGAACUUAACUAUAAAGAGUCAGAAGCCAUUCCAAAGCUGUAUAGCAACACAACAGCUUCUGGUACCCGUAAUAGCUCUGGAGGAAGUAUAUCAAGACCUAGUGUUACAUUGUCAAGUAACCAGACCAUGACGAAUAGCUCCUUGGUUUCUGAGAUCGAUACCGUAAUAACUCAUACUGCUGACUUUAGCUUAGAAGACCACCAGGAACGUUUAUAUAUUUACCUACUUAUCGUGGGAUCCUUUGGAGUGUUUUUCUCCAUAAUUAUUGUUGCCACGAGGUUAAUGCUCCAAAGGCGUCAUAGUGUGAUUACGGAUACGCAUAUGAAUUCUCCGAACAAAGCCAAUGAAACGUCUGGGGAAUUAGCUGAGGAUACAACAGUUCCAAGUGGAUUAAAUGAAAUAGACGAAAUAGAUACAGACAUUGACCUAACUACAUCAGUUCCCUUACCUAUAGUUUCCAAAAAUGAAAAUUAUUUGGCGUACGCCCCUGCUAGCAGCCUCUUCACAAAUAUAGCACCUGGACAUCUAUCCUCAGGAGGUAACCCUGGAUCGGCGCCCGGUCUUAUUACAGCUCCUCUUUUGGUUGGAACACACCACUCGCCAGACUUAAUAGGUAUCCCGUCAAGUGCCUAUGUGGCAACAAGCAGUGCUACAGCAAACUGCCAGAAUGCCGUGACGGGUAUUCUAGCCCCAGCGAUUGUUAUUGGAUCCAAGGCUUCUGGUUGUCCCUUACCUGGAAGUAGUGCUAUAAGCACAAUGGUUCCCAUAACCUCACUGGCCCAAUACACAAACGCGCCGACCAUCAGAGGCGGAUAUAUAGUAAAUGCUGGAGGUAUGGGAGUACUGCAGCAUCCGAGAAGCACACCCACGCCACCGUCGUCUUUGGCCGGGGGGUCUCCGGCACAUCCACCAACGCAACCAGUUCCACCCCUUGCUCCGUUAGGCCAUGCGUCGGCUUCCUUGUCUGUAAGCGGCACUUCGACUCUGCAUCGCACAAAGCCGCUCAUGCAGCUUUCUUAUGAUGGAACCGCCCCACGGACCUUGUCCACUGGCGUGGCGGCUGGUUCUCAAUUCUAUUAUGGAUGACAAGACAUGAUGGACUCUGAGCCCCAUGUGUACGGCACAGCCCUAGCCAUGGGUUCAGUUGCACCAAAUGGCAUUCAACCUUAGCUGGGAAAUGUUGAGGAGGCGAUUUUAUCGCAUUAGUAUAAGCAUCAAUAGAAGAUCAAUAGAAAAAAAGUCUUAAGUAAGCUUAAGUUCUGUUCGUUUUCAAUCAUUAAACUGGAUCCGGAUCCCUGAUGUUCGGAUGAUUCACGCGAUUAAACUUCCAAAAAGAAUAGAAACAAAAUCUUAAAAAGCUCAUUCUACUCAAACUUAUUUUAAUCCUUAAACUGAGCUAGAAAAUAUUCGUAUAUUUCAGGGCAAUUUUAUUGAAUCUACAACACAUCAGAAAAUUUUAUAUUUCUUUAAGUAGCGUAUAUAAUAAGUUGUAAAUUUGAAGUGUUUUAAAUCUUGGCUUUGUUGGUUUUAUUGGGUUCCUUCAGGUAUAUGUAUGUAAUAGUUUUCAGUAUCAAUACAUUGUUGUUACUUAUAUGCACCUUUUUUUCUUAUUGAGUUUUUUUUCGAAUUCUUUUUUGAAAAACAAGUGCCUUCCUAAUUAGCGUUUAAGUAAUGACUUACUGAAUUCUUAAAACUUUGCAUAUAUGUAAAUAUUGAAACAAACAAAGUAUACAUCCUACUUAUUGCAAAACUAAUUAGCCAUUGUGUAAAUAUAUUUGCCAAAAAAUUACAUUUAAAAUAGUUAAUACCUUAGAAGGCAAAAUAUACUUCGUUCAAAACUACACAUUUACAAAAUGUAAAUAAAUUCCUCAUACGGAAUACUAAAAGGUCAAUAACGAAUAUAAAAAAUAGAAAACACGAUAAUCCCGCAAACACAUUGAUUUUAAAUACAAUUGAUUUAUAUUUGGUAUAGAUUCUGUAUUAUAUACAUUGGUUGAAAAUCGUAGAAUAGUUACCUUCUACUAAUACUACUUAUAUAAUACUUACGUUUGUAAAUAAAAAAGCAUACGUUCAUAUUUUUGUGUAAUGUAUUUAUAGUUAUAAAUACUUAUUAAGUAUUGUUUGAGAAACUUCAAUAAAUAAACUGUAAAUUAACAUUGUAUA